CCCGGCAGGAAGGACCUGUUCAUCGAGGCCGACCUCAUGAGCCCCCUGGACCGCGUGGCCAACGUCUCCAUCCUCAAGCAGCACGAGGUGGACAAGCUGUUCAAGGUGGAGAACCGCGUGCCGGCCAGCGCCAGCGACCAGCUCUGCUUCCUCGUCCGCCCGCGGAUCCGCACCAUGCGGAGCAUCGCCGAUAUCAUCAACGCUGAUAAGAUGUCAGGGAGGAGCCGGAAGUACAAGAUCAUCUUCAGCCCCCAGAAGUUUUACGCUUGCGAGAUGGUGCUGGAGGAGGAGGGUGUCCUUGGCGAUGUGACCUGUGAUGAGUGGUCCUUCUACCUGCUGCCCCUGGACGAGGACAUCAUCAGCAUGGAGCUGCCCGAGUUCUUCCGUGACUACUUCUUGGAAGGAGAUCACCGCUGGAUCAACUCUGUCGCUCGAGCGCUGCAGUUGCUGAACUCCCUGUACGGGCCUUUCAGCAGGGCCUACGGGAUCGGCCGCUGUGCCAAGAUGAGCUACGAGUUGUGGCGGGACCUGGAGGAGGAGAGCGACAGCGACGGUCAGGGCAGGAAGCCUGAGAUCGGCACCGUCUUCCUCAUGGACAGAGACACGGACUACGUGACGGCGCUCUGCUCGCAGGUGGUCUACGAGGGGCUGCUGGACGACACCUUCCGCAUCAAGUGCGGGAGCGUGGACUUCGGGCCAGACGUCACCUCCUCGGACAAGAGCAUCAAGGUGCUGCUCAACUCCGAGGACAAGGUCUUCAGCCAGAUCCGCAAUGAACAUUUCUCCAGUGUUUUCGGCUUCCUGAGCCAGAAGUCCCGUAACCUGCAGGCGCAGUACGAUCGGCGCCGCGGCAUGGACAUCAAGCAGAUGAAGAACUUUGUGUCCCAGGAGCUGAAGGGCCUGAAGCAGGAGCAUCGCCUGCUGAGCCUGCAUAUCGGGGCCUGCGAGUCCAUCAUGAAGAAGAAAACCAAGCAGGACUUCCAGGAGAUGAUCAAGACGGAGCACGCCCUGCUGGAGGGCUUCGACAUCCGCGAGAGCACCAGCUUCAUAGAGGAGCACAUCGACCGGCAGGUGUCCCCCGUGGAGAGCCUGCGCCUGAUGUGCCUCCUGUCCAUCACGGAGAACGGUCUCGUCCCCAAGGACUAUCGCUCGCUGAAAACCCAGUACCUGCAGAGCUACGGCCCCGAGCACCUGCUGACCUUCCACAACCUGAAGCGCGUCGGGCUGCUCACGGAGCAGAGCCCCGGGGAGACGCUCACUGCCGUGGAGAGCAAAGUCAGCAAGUUGGUGACGGACCGAGCCGCAGGCAAAAUCACAGAUGCGUUUAAUUCUUUGGCCCGGAAGAGCAAUUUUCGAGGCAUCAGCAAGAAGCUGGGGUUGAUUCCCCGYGUGGACGGAGAGUACGACCUCAAAAUGCCGCGGGACAUGGGCUACGUUUUCAGCGGGGCCUACGUGCCCCUGAGCUGCAAGAUCAUUGAGCAGGUGCUGGAGCGCCGGAGCUGGCAGGGCCUCGAGGAAGUCGUGCGGCUGCUCAACGGCACCGAGUUCUGCAUCGCAGACAGCGGCGCCGAGGACGGCGCGGCCGGGGACGCGCAGCGCGUCGUCCUGGCCGUCUUCCUGGGCGGCUGCUCCUUCUCCGAGAUGGCGGCUCUGCGCUUCCUGGGCAAGGAGAAGGGGUACAAGUUCAUCUUCCUCACGACGGCCAUCACCAACAGCGCCCGCAUGAUGGAGGCCAUGAUCGAGACCAAGGCAUGAGGCCCCCGCGCACCGGCGG